GGGGCAGGUCAAGGCUGAAGUUGGGCUCUGCAUUCCUUACAGCCUCUUCCUCUGAUAAAACCUCCAGUACCCUUAACAGACUCUCUCUUAAUGUGAGCUUGCUUCAGGACUCCAGAACCCAUUUGGUUUGUCAGAGAGAGAGAGAGAGAGAGAGAGAGAGAGAGAGAGAGAGAGAGAGAGAGAGAGAGAGAGAGAGAAUACAGGUGAACCUACGUUGUGUUCUUAAAAGGGAUUAUUUUGACAGAGCACGUGGCCUUAGUCAGAGGGGGAUGUUCCUGUUUCUCAUUUUGUCCUUGUACCUCCAUGCUAAAGCACAGCCCUUGCAGGAGAACACAGUGGCUCUUGAUCCUUGCUCUGCCUAUAUCAGUCUGAAUGAACCUUGGAGGAACACUGAACACCACUUCAAUGGCUCUCACGACCAGCCCGAAUGUGACAGCCAUGUUGACGGGGAAUGGUACCGCUUCACUGGGAUGGCUGGCGAUGCCAUGCCCACCUUCUGCAUCCCGGAAAACCACUGUGGUACCCAUGCUCCAAUAUGGCUAAAUGGUAGCCACCCUCAGGAGUCAGACGGCAUUGUCCAGAGGCAGGCCUGUGCAACCUUCAAUGGAAACUGCUGCAUGUGGAACACAACGGUUGAGGUCAAGGCCUGCCCAGGAGGCUAUUAUGUCUACCAGUUAACCAAGCCCAGUGUCUGCUUCCAUGCCUACUGUGGGCAUUUCUACGACAUCUGUGACAUGAUAGAUUGCCGGGGCUCUUGCUUGGACACUGGAGACUGCGCAUGCUCUUUAGGAACAAUAUUGGGACCUGAUGGACAGACCUGCCUUGAUGAAAAUGAAUGUGAACAGAAUAAUGGAGGUUGUAGCGAGUUCUGUGUGAACCUCAAGAACUCCUACCGUUGUGAAUGUGGAGUUGGGCGAAUUCUAGGAAAGGAUGGAAAGACCUGCCAGGAAAUUGAAGGUUGCCACAACAACAAUGGGGGUUGCAGCCAUGUUUGCAUCACGGUAGAAGACACCUACCAGUGUGAGUGCCCACGCGGUCUUGUUUUGUCAGAUGACAACCACACUUGUCAAGUCCCUGUCCUAUGCAGAUCUACCUCCAUAGAGGUGAACAUCCCUAAGGAUCUAGUUGGAGGGAUGGACCUCUCACUCAUCAAUGGUUCCUGCAAAGGGGUAUCCAAUGGAACACAUGUCAACAUCAUCUUCUCCCUCAAAUCCUGUGGUACCACUAUAGAUGUGGUAAAUGACAAAAUCAUCGCUACCAAUAUGGUGACUGGCUUGCCCAAGCAAACACCUGGCAGCAAUGGUGAUAUCAUUGUCCGCACAGGGAAGCUGUUGAUCCCUGUGACUUGCGAAUUCCCUCGCCACUACACCAUGUCGGAGGGCUACGUCCCCAACGUGAAGAACUCGCCACUUGAGAUCGUGAGCCGCAACCGGGGGGUCUUCCCCUUUACCCUCGAGAUAUUCAAAGACAAUGAGUUUGAAGAGGCCUAUGGAGAUGCUCGCCCCACUCUUAAACUCCGAGACUCUCUGUAUUUUGGAAUUGAGCCCUUGGUGCAUGUGAGCGGUCUUGAGACAUUAGUGGAGAGCUGUUUUGCCACCCCUACCUCCAAGACUGACGAAAUCCUGAAGUACUAUUUGAUUCGAGAUGGCUGUGUUUCUGAUGACUCUGUGAAGCAAUACACAUCUAAAGAUCAUCUGGCCAAACACUUCCAAGUGCCGGUGUUCAAAUUUGUGGGUAAGGACAACAAGGAAGUGUUCCUGCACUGCCGUGUCCUUGUGUGUGGAGUGACGGAUGAGAGGUCUCGCUGUGCCCAGGGCUGCCGCAGACGGAUGCGCAGAUGGGCAGAGUCAGAGGAAGAGGAAGCCAGUCACAUGGCUAAUCGCAUCCUCACAGGUGGUCCCAUUAGAAUUGAUGUGGAGGAGUAGAUCUAUCUCAGCCUUCACCAACCUAGGUCCCACCAGACUACAACCCCCGUUUGGGCCUAUAGCCUCCAUGCUUGUUGGGGCUGAUAGGAGUUGUAGUCCAAAGCAUCUGGAGGGCACCAGGUUGGCAAAGGCAGUCUUAUCUUGUGAACAUGCUGUCUCACUGAUGCUUUCUCCUAUGUACCUUCAAUAGUGAGCAGUCAUCUGUGUUUGGCCAGAAAAUAAAGGCAACAAAACAAAACAAAACAAAAAACAAAACCAUGUGAUUUCCUCUUUUCCCAGUGAAAGCCUAUGAUCUUUGUUAAGGUCAGAUUAGAUGCAAUCUCAUCCAAAUUCUGUUUGAUGUCUGAUAAUGGAUGGCUGGAGCAAAAUUAAAUGGGCCAUUUGAAUCACAAUGGUACCAAUUUUUGUUAGAAAUUAUUAGUUCAAAGAGCAUGUAAAGUGUCCAGAUCUAUAACAUUUUCAUGAAUAGGAAUUUGGGUUUUUUACAAGGCUACACUGACAUAGAGGAGGGGGACACUGUCUGCAACAUACCAACAACUUAACUAGCACACGUGAUAAUUUUUAGGUGUUGAAAUCAACACAAACUAAAGGAGUGCAGCGGGUGCAGAGUGGUUCAAAAUCUAGGAGUUUUGAACCACUUUAUAGUAUUUAGAUGGUGAGAUCCUAUAUCAUCAUGACCUAGAAAAAUCUUUCCUAAAGCCAGAUGAACCAGUGGCAUAGUAAUUUGCAGCCUGGAAAGGUGUUGAAGCUCUUCACAGCGACAGAUUCAUGAACACCAAUCCAAAUGUCAGUGUGAUAGAUCUCACCCUGUAAAAGAUGGUUGCACGACCACUGAAGCUGGUAGGAUUAAUUCAAGUUACUGGAUUAAGUGAAAAGAAAUGCAAUGCAACUCUAUUACUGUCUACUCAGAAGUAAGUACCACCUUGUUCAAUAGUGCUUACUCCAAAGUAAGUGUGAAUAGGGUUACCAACUUAGUUUCUAUUUCCUAUUCAAUAAAUUUUGUGGACCUCAGUGAUACUGUUGGGGCACAUCUUUCUCUAUAGUCCACAAAGUACUUAUGCUAGAAUCAGGGCCAGUCCUACCAUUAGGCAGAAGGGGGCAGCUGCCUCAUGCAGCAGAUGCUGGGGAGUGGGCAACUGUUGCCUUCAGGUGUAGUAAAAUUAAACUU